AUGGAACGAAUUGACACCCACUGCCACAUUGUUCCAAGCGGAUGGAGGAAGUGGUGUGACAAGCAUGGUUGGGAUAAACCGGACGGAAUGCCCGGAAUUCCUGAAUGGUCUCCCCAGGCUCAUAUUGCGCUGAUGGAUAAGCUAAAUAUCAAGCGGUCCAUACUAAGCAUUACAUCGCCAGGAACGCAUCUGAAGGUAGGGGAUUUUCAUCUCGCGAGACAGGUGACCAGAGAGACGAACAAUGAAAUUGCAGAGGCGCAUCGCAGAUUUCCAGAUAAAUUCAGCUUCUUCGCAUCUCUUCCCCUCCCAGAUGUGGAUGGCUCUGUCCAGGAAAUUGAUCGAGUGCGUGAUAUGGAGGGCUGUUGCGGGUUUACCAUGAUGACGAACGCAGAGGGAUACUACCUCGGUGACGAGAUAUACAGGCCUGUAUUCGAGAAGCUGAACGAGAGACCUACUGUCAUCUUCAUACACCCAACUCAAUGUUGCUCUAAGGACCUUACUGCCGCCGACAAGCCAUUGGCGCAAUACCCCACGCCUAUGAUCGAAUAUUACUUCGACACUACUCGUGCGGUUGUCAAUCUUCUCUUAACACAAACGGUUCCUAAAUAUCCAAACCUGACCUUCCUCGUCUCUCAUUGCGGUGCUACCCUGCCACCCCUGGUGGAACGGGUCGCGGCAUUCUCGACUGGCUUUCUGGAAGGGGAUACCAAGCUUUCCAGCACAGACAUCAAGGAACUUCUCAGGACACGUUUUUACUUUGACCUGGCUGGCUUUCCGUUCCCGGAUCUCAUUCAUGGGUAUCUCCGAAUCGGAGAUGCAAGCCGAUUGCUAUACGGCAGUGACUAUCCAUACACGCCAGGAACGGUAGUAGAAAGUCUCAGUAAGGUGAUGGAUAAGAAUGUCGCGGAGCUGUUCAAGCAGGAUACUGUCGAAUCUAUAUAUUCCGGCAACGCAAAGCGACUUUUUGGUUUCUAA